AAAUGGCGGCCGCCAGUGAGGGUCCUCCGCCGGCCGGUCUUCACCGCUGCUGCUGAGCAAACAGCAGAUUUUCUCCCUUUUGAACCUGGAUUCGACUAGGGGUUGGGAAGGGCAGAGGACGCCAUUGGCGGAGGCCUGACGAGAUUUGUGAAGAACUCUUCAUCUGUGUUCAUGGUGUUUCAUAUAUACAUCAAAUAUUGCACCUUUUAGAUUAUUGUUACUGGACCAAAAAAGAUGACAUCUAUUAUCAAAUUAACCACCCUCUCUGGGGUCCAAGAAGAAUCUGCCCUUUGCUAUCUUCUCCAGGUUGAUGAGUUUAGGUUUUUGUUGGACUGUGGCUGGGAUGAGCACUUUUCUAUGGAUAUUAUAGAUUCCCUGAGGAAGCAUGUUCACCAGAUUGAUGCAGUACUCCUGUCUCACCCUGAUCCUCUCCAUCUUGGUGCCCUCCCAUAUGCUGUGGGAAAGUUGGGUCUGAACUGUGCUAUCUAUGCAACCAUUCCUGUUUACAAAAUGGGACAGAUGUUCAUGUAUGAUCUUUAUCAGUCUCGACAUAACACAGAAGAUUUUACACUUUUUACAUUAGAUGAUGUGGAUGCAGCCUUUGAUAAAAUACAGCAGCUAAAAUUCUCUCAGAUUGUGAAUUUGAAAGGUAAAGGACAUGGUUUGUCUAUCACUCCUCUGCCAGCUGGUCAUAUGAUAGGUGGAACAAUAUGGAAGAUUGUCAAAGAUGGAGAAGAAGAAAUUGUUUAUGCAGUUGACUUUAACCACAAGAGGGAGAUCCAUUUAAAUGGGUGUUCCCUGGAAAUGCUAAGCAGACCUUCUCUACUUAUCACAGAUUCAUUUAAUGCUACAUAUGUGCAGCCUAGAAGAAAACAGAGAGAUGAGCAGCUUUUGACAAAUGUUUUGGAAACACUUCGAGGAGAUGGAAAUGUAUUAAUUGCAGUGGACACUGCAGGCAGAGUUUUGGAACUUGCUCAACUUCUUGAUCAGAUUUGGAGAACUAAAGAUGCAGGACUGGGUGUUUACUCUUUAGCACUCCUAAAUAAUGUCAGUUACAAUGUGGUGGAGUUUUCGAAGUCCCAGGUAGAGUGGAUGAGUGAUAAGUUGAUGAGAUGUUUUGAAGACAAAAGAAAUAACCCAUUUCAGUUUCGCCAUCUCUCUUUGUGCCAUGGUCUUUCUGACUUGGCUAGAGUACCUAGCCCCAAAGUUGUGCUUGCCAGCCAGCCUGAUCUGGAAUGCGGAUUUUCAAGAGAUCUCUUUAUUCAGUGGUGUCAGGACCCGAAAAACUCCAUCAUUCUAACUUACAGAACAACUCCUGGGACUUUAGCACGUUUCCUAAUUGAUAACCCUUCUGAAAAAAUUACAGAAAUAGAGUUGAGGAAACGUGUGAAGCUUGAAGGGAAAGAACUUGAGGAAUACCUGGAAAAAGAAAAACUAAAGAAAGAAGCCGCUAAAAAACUUGAACAAUCAAAAGAGGCAGAUAUAGAUUCCAGCGAUGAGAGUGACGUGGAGGAAGACAUUGACCAGCCAUCAGCACACAAGACAAAACAUGACCUGAUGAUGAAGGGUGAAGGCAGUCGUAAAGGAAGUUUCUUCAAACAGGCAAAAAAGUCCUACCCUAUGUUUCCUGCCCCAGAGGAAAGAAUUAAAUGGGAUGAGUAUGGAGAGAUUAUCAAACCAGAAGAUUUUUUAGUGCCAGAGCUUCAAGCUACUGAAGAGGAAAAAAGCAAAUUAGAAUCUGGUUUGACAAAUGGAGAUGAACCCAUGGAUCAGGAUUUAUCUGAUGUUCCUACUAAGUGCAUUUCUACAACAGAGUCUAUUGAAAUAAAAGCCAGGGUUACUUACAUAGACUAUGAAGGACGCUCUGAUGGAGAUUCUAUUAAAAAAAUCAUUAAUCAGAUGAAACCACGACAGUUGAUCAUUGUCCAUGGCCCACCAGAGGCAAGUCAAGACCUGGCAGAGUGCUGCCGCGCAUUUGGUGGGAAAGACAUUAAAGUGUACAUGCCAAAGCUACAUGAAACAGUCGAUGCCACUAGUGAAACACACAUCUACCAGGUGAGAUUAAAAGACUCACUUGUCAGCUCCCUUCAGUUUUGUAAGGCAAAAGAUGCUGAAUUAGCAUGGAUAGAUGGUGUCUUAGAUAUGAGAGUUUCCAAAGUGGAUACAGGAGUUAUUUUAGAAGAAGGAGAACUCAAGGAUGAUGGAGAAGACUCCGAAAUGCAAGUGGAUGCUCCUUCGGAUUCUAGUGUAAUAGCCCAGCAAAAGGCCAUGAAAAGUCUGUUUGGAGAUGAUGAGAAAGAAACAGGGGAAGAAAGUGAGAUCAUCCCUACUUUGGAACCCUUGCCACCUCAUGAGGUAAGAAAGCCUUGCUUUUAGCUCUCUUUGAAUUUAUUGUCUUCUAGUUUUCCUUUUGUGUUUUUAACCAUUUAAAAUGUUUUUGUAGAUUUACUUUGGAGUUCUUAAAGAUUAUUCAAGACAUGUUUCUGUGUGUGUGUACUA